AUGCAGGCAUCAUCGAACCUUGGUACCCGUGUCAAUGACCAGUCGACUACUAAGCCCAACAGGUGGGGAGCUUAUCAGAAUACGACGGUAGACCGACCGCCCGCGCCGGCGCUCACGGCCGUUUUCACCGGAGGGACGGCUCGCAGCGGCUUAACAACGGCACCGUUGCGCGGGCGGCGGUCAGUUGCCGACACGCCACGCUCCUGCGCGCUCCCCUAUUUGCACACAGCCGACAAAAAGCCGCCGCGCAACGAGUUUGGCAACGGAUCCUUACAAUUAGAUUGGCCAACGCGCCUA